AUGCCUUUUGGCCUAAAGAACGCACCGCAGAUUUAUCAACGUCUCGUAGACAACGCGCUGUAUGGGGUUUUGAAGAUCUCGCGAUCCGGCGACGCUGGGGCUACAACGGACGUGUUCCAGACAGGCAUCGCGGACGAUCCUGAUCGCGAGUCAGUGUUGGGAUCAUACAUCGACGAUAUCAUGAUCGCAGCGGAAUCGUGGGAUCAAAUGUGCCGGAGAGUGGAGGAUCUGUUGAAAGCUUGUGAUAAGUGGGAUUUGUGGAUCAGUGUAGCCAAGGGCUUUUGGGGCAUGGAUAAGGUAGGAUAUCCGGGACACCGAGUGUCGAUCGGAGGGUUGGAGGCGAGUCCGAAAGAUCUGAAAUCCCUAACCGAUCUACCGUUCCCCGGAUCACUUCGCUCUAUGCUGUCGUUCCUGGGUAGUCUGAAUUACUACAGCCGAUUCAUUGAAGAUUACGCUAUCUAUGCUUCGGUGCUCUAUGAAUUACGCGAGGUGGAGUUUACAGAACUGGAGAAGCGAUCGGAUCUGAGGGAGAUCAUGGACAGGAACGACCUGAUUCUUCGAGGUCACGACCCACCGGAACCGCAGUUGACGGGAACAGUGGAGUGGAUCAGGGCACAUAAGGCCUUCACCACCCUGAAAACCAAGAUCGCUACCACCCUAAUUCUCCGUCACUUCAACGAGACGAGAACACCGGUAAGCAUUGUAUAUGCCGGCGAUUUGGCGAUAUCCGCUUCGUUGACACAAGAACACGACGGGAUCUACUAUCCGGUUGCAUUCGCCAGCCGCACCUUGAAGACGAACGAGUUGAAUUACAAUGUCACCAAAAAGGAGGUUUCCAUUGCUGACGAUCUUGGAUCUUUACUACAAUCUGCUAGUAGGACGCGAGAUCCGGGUCUCCUGACGAGGCAUUCUACGUUAGCCUGGCUGUUCAAGUCGACGGGAUUACAAGGUCGCCUGGGGCAAUGGUCUGCCCUCCUGGCCCCAUGGACACUCGAGAUCACGAAGUGCACAAAGGGUGAGGACGAGAUACUGGGGACGAGCGCUGCUAGCAUCACCCCGAGAUCGAAGAUCGACGACGCUCUGAUCGAAAUCGCUCCCCGGAAAGAACCUAAACGCCGGAUCCAAUCGCCGAUACCCACUGUAGAUCGAGACGAGGAACUAUGGGUGAUCAGCUUUGACGGAUCUGCUCGAGUUAAUCGUGAUGGAGGCACGUUCAGCGCGAUCUGGGAGGUGGUCAAGGCCAGAUCAGGCUAUCUCGAGAGCCUCACCGUGAACGAAGCCGAAUAUAACGGCCUGAUCCUGGGGCUCGACAUGCUAGAGAGCUUAGAUCGCAGACGUCUGGUGGUCUGCGGGGAUUCCAACGUAGUGAUCCGACAAGUACGUGGUGAGAUCGACUGCAAAACACCCGGACUGACGCUAUUGAAACGGAAAGCCCUCGAUCGCUUGAGAGAAGGGAGUGAUCAUGAGUUGGUUCACGUCAAGAGGAACUGGAACGGAAGUGCCGACAGUCUAGCGAGCGCCGCUUGGCAACGACAAGGGGGGAUCGAGGUCCAGGAGAUGCCCGGGUACCAGGAUCUGGUCACCCUGAACCGGUUAGACGAAAUCUUGAUUCCCAAGACCGAGAACCCAUUGGUGCGAGUAGCAGCGGUGACCACUCGGUCUGGUCGAGCAAGAUCACAGGCGGGUGUCAUGCAAGAGGAUCUGAUCCGGGCCCAAGAGGAAGAAGUCUGGAUCGCCGGCAUGAAGAAGUAUCUGAGUGGCUCGAUCGCAGAUCUCACUCAAGCGGAAGCAAGAUCGUAUGGCAAGAUCGCGGCCGACUACGAAGUAGACGAGCAGGAUCUACUCUUUUACCACCCCCACGCCGAGAUCGGGAGACGAUCGUGA